AUGCUUCUUCACGUGUGGCCUAGAGUUAUGGGUUCAUUCAAUUUUAAAAAAAAAUAGUACUUUGAGAAUGUGACUGCGAGACGUGGUAGUACAAGUAUCUAGAAGAGUAAAAUCGUCAUGUUCUUCUGUAUGUAAUUGUAUGUAUCAAUUUCAUGAACGUUUCUCCAAUAAAGUUGCUCUUCUUUGACUAUUCCUUGCUCUUCUUUGCAGCCUGCUCAAAAGUCAAAACUAUAAAUGACUGAAAACUUGGUCAAUUUCAUGGUGGGGAUCACAGAAGAACAUUACUCAAAGCAAUUUCGUCAUGUUUGAAUUGUCUCUCCCAUUUUCAAACAAACUUUAAAUACACUAACUAAUCGACAAUGCAGGCCAAUCUUUUAGCCCUUUCAGAUUUAUUGUCUUGUGCUUCUUCUGGUUCGAUAAUAUUAAAAUCUAAUGUCCGCACAGUGUCCCCACCAUGAACAUGAUUGCCGUCUUUCCCACUUUUGACGGAAAAAAUUCCACCUGUUAAAGUUGGUGGGGGGAAUUAGGGUAUAAAUGGAGUCCUACUAGGUGUGCAAAUUUACAAUUUUCCAUUCCUGUAAUAGCGUCUUUCAGCUUUGCUGUGGUUUGUUGAGAUGGCGGAGAAGUCCCAUAUCCAAAUUCCAAGAGUGAAACUUGGCAGUCAGGGACUUGAGGUUUCUAGAUUGGGGUUUGGUAGCGGGGGACUUUCUGGAAUAUUGAAUGCUCCUCUGUCACAUGAAGAUGGAUGCUCCGUUAUAAAGGAAGCAUUUCAUAAGGGUAUAACCUUAUUUGAUACAGCAAAUGUUUAUGGAGAGAAUCACCAUAAUGAGAUCGUGAUUGGCAAGGCUCUGAAGCAGCUUCCUCGAGAAAAAAUUCAAAUAGCUACCAAAUUCGGGAUUACUAUUGCGGCGGAUGGUCAAAUUGGCGUCAAGUGUACCCCUGAAUAUGCACGACAAUGCUGUGAAGAAAGUCUCAAAUAUCUUGAUGUGGACUACAUCGAUCUUUACUAUCAGCACCGUGUGGACUCCUCAGUGCCAAUAGAGGAUACUAUGGAGGAGCUGAAGAAGCUGGUGGAGGAAGGAAAGAUAAAAUACAUUGGGCUGUCAGAAGCUAAUGUCGACACAAUAAGAAGAGCUCAUGCGGUUCAUCCCAUCACUGCCUUAGAGAUGGAGUAUUCCUUGUGGACCCGUGAAAUCGAAGACGAGAUAAUUCCACUUUGCAGAGAGCUUGGCAUUGGGAUAGUGGCAUAUAGCCCUCUUGGUCACGGGUUCUUUGGCGGGAAAGCAAUCGUGGAAAGCUUGCCUACUGAGAGCUUCCUGACUGUGCAUCCAAGGUUCACGGGGGAGAAUUUGGAGAAGAACAAACUUCUAUAUGCUCGAUUAUCCGAACUGGCAGCAAAGCAUGGCUGCACUCCCCCUCAGCUAGCUCUGGCUUGGAUUCUCCAUCAAGGGGACGAUAUAAUCCCAAUCCCUGGUACAACUAAGGUUAAGAAUCUUGAUAACAAUAUUGGAUCCUUGGCAUUGAAGCUCACACCAGAGGAUUUAAAAGAAAUAAGUGACUCUGUGCCCAUCAAUGAAGUUGAAGGUGAAAGAGAAACUGAGGUGUUUGCUCAAUAUGCCUGGAAGGUUGCAAAUACCCCACCAAAGUAAAAGCGCAAACCUUUAUUCUCUGCUGUUGUGUUGCCUGGCUUGUUUGUACAGCAGAAAAAAUAAAGUAGAGAACGUAAUUUUAUCUUGCUGUCGUCGAUAUAUGUAAAAGAGUGAAAGAAUCUCCUUCUAAAUAAUCUCUUUCUUUCUUCA